AUGGCACCACCGCGCAAUAUCCUCGUCCUGGGCGGCGGCAUAGCUGGCAUCGCUGCCGCGCUGGCUCUGUCGAAGGAGCUCUCGCCGAAAGUGCCUGGCCUCAGGAUCACCAUCUUCGAGCUUCACCACGUCCCGUCGACGUCUGGAGGGGCGAUCAACCUCAACCCGGCGGCGCAGAGACACCUGAACCAUCUGGGGGUGCUGAAGGAGCUCGACCGGAUGGGGGCCGACGGCGGAGUGGAAGUGAAGGAGGUCGAGCUGUUCUCGAUCCACUCAGGCCGGCGGCUCGGCCGCGUCGACUUCUCAGGCAAGGAUGGCAGAGGGUACGGAGGAUACAAGGCGCGGCGGGUGAUGCGGAUAUCUCUUCACCUGGCCCUGCUGGCGGCCGCAGAGAAGGCCAGCAACAUCGACGUCCAGUUCGGGAAGAAGGUCAUCGACGGCAUCGAGUCCGGCCAGACGGUGACCAUCUUCUUCGAGGACGGCUCGCACGCCGUGGGCGACCUGGCCCUGGGCUGCGACGGCGUGCACUCGCCGACGAGGAUGAGGCUGGUCGACCCGUCGACGCUGUCCGAGUACACCGGCGUCUGUUUCAUCCAGACGACCAUCAAGACCAGCCAGAUCGCGGCGCCCGUCCACUUCGAGACGACGGCGAUGAACCGCGCCCGUCACGGCGGCCUGCUCACCACCUACUACCACAGCACCAAGGAGGACAUCUUCGUCGCCGCGCUGGCCGAGGUCGACGCCGCCGAGAUCUCGAGCGAGUCCUCCAGCCCGCGGUACCGCAGCUCGACGACGAGACACCGGCGGACGACCUCUGAGCGGCUGCGGGACGAGGUCUGCGGACGCUUCGGCGACUGUGCGAUUCCCUGCGUCCGCGAGAUCAUCGAGAAGUCUACCAACUGGGCGCUGUAUCCGGUCUACCAGCUGCCGCCGGACAGGAAGUGGUACACGGAGCGGACUCUACUGUUAGGAGACGCUGCUCAUGCGAUGCCUCCGAGAGACGAGUCCGCAGCAUACGCGUUGGACGAUGCCAUCCUCUUCUCCCGCGUCCUGUCACUCUACAUCUACCAGCCGAUCAGGGAGGCCUUUGGCGUCUACGAAUCCAUGCGGCGGAGCUCCGUCACCAAGGCAUACAACUCGUCCAAUGUGACGUGGGCGGCCAACAAGGGCUCCGGUCGAUGGACCAACCGGCUCGAGGAGUGCCUCACUCCGUGGCAGCUCUACAAGGACAGAAAGGCGAGGAUAGGGGCGUGGGAGUUCGAUGCCAGCACGCUGCAUAUCCCGCCGCCUCCACGACCGCCAUGCCAGCCGAGCCUCUGUUCUCUCGGCCACAGAUGA